AUGUUCUCAAGUGUCGCCAUGCAAAGAACAGGCAGCGAAAAGCUCCUUUGCCAACCUAUCUGUCGAAGGGGAAGGGAAAGGAAUGGGCACGCACUUUUAAGCUGUCUGGAGGAGCCUCUGCUGUUCAAGCGGUUCAUAGAUGCUCACCUACACUUCACUCAUGUCCCUCUUGUUCAAAGUCUCCACGUCGACAAUCAUCUCAGCAAGACAGACAUGUACGCACUUCAUCCUCACAUACGCAGUCUCCUCUUCAGUGCCCAUCUCGACCAAUCACUUCGUCAAGUUGUAGUCAUACACAGCCCACAUCUCAUAGGAGCUCUCCACCAUGCUCUCCAUCUGACCAUACUGUACCUUCACACCGUCAAGACAAACCAAGAGGAUCCCUCGAAGCUAGGAUUUUAUCCGCCCACUUGGCAAACAUUCCUGCAGAUGGCCAAGUUAGAGAUGCAGUUGCAGGCUGUUAUAGCUACUCCAGUUCCGGAAUCCCAGGAAGCCCUUAACCUUCCAAGAGAAGUCUUGGACACUGUGCUAUGGACAUACCACGAGAAGAAGAUUAAACUCGAGAGAGGCUACUUUCUGGAGUACACCAUGCAGAUGUGCUGGCUGCUUUGCAAUGAUCUCUUCACCUUUCACACAGAACUCAAGAAAAUUGUCAUUUCUAUUGCCAAAAGGGCAUACAAUAUCUUCCCGCAGGGCUCCACGAUGCGAAAGGAGGAAUGUCAAAGGCAGGUCACUGCAGCCACCACUAGGCUCCUCAAGAGUGGUGACUACCUCCGGCUCCCUGACUCGUCUGGUGGAAAUUUCAAGAACUUCACAGUGCAGGCUCUCAAGGACGCUUGUCUCGAAUUCUACUACAGCAACACAGCGGUGUUGAAGGGUGUUAUCUCUGGCUUUCAUGAAACCGGCACCGACAAGGUUCCUGAACUAACUGCUGAGCAAUGUAGGACCCACUUCGUCAACUUACGGAAAAAAAACACCUUUUGGUUCCGUACCAAGUGGCACCCCGACUAA